GUCUGGAUGCAAUAAACCAGAACCAAAAGACCCUUAAAAACAAUCAUGAUCCAAUACACCACACGAUAGAAUCCUCAAUAGAUGCAGAGGAUCCAAUACAAUCAACCCUAGAAGCCUUGAGGAAAGAUGUAGAUGAAAUACACCACGACAUGGAAGCUCUGAAGAAUGAUAAGGAUACAAAACACAACACCUUGGACACCUUGAUGAAAGAAGCUCACCUUCUCAACAACAUUGAGUGGAUUAAUUUGACGGACAGUGGGACUGUGAGUGUCAGCAUCAGCACACUCGACCACAGCAUCAGCACACACUGCCACUGUGGAAAUCACCGUCCUUUGGAAGUGCCAAAUCCCAGGAGGGAAUACGUGACUCUCGAAUGUGUACUGCUUAUGCAAUGUGUAUGUCUCUGCUGUGUGCUUCCCCUCACAAUCCUGUCAAUGCAGUCGCAUUAUAAGGUCAGGAAGGGACUACCUGAUGAUAGUAAUCAAACCAUGGGAAAGGCCAAAGAGGAGAUUAUGAUCUGCCAUGGAGCAUCAACACAUGACAUCGAUAUCACAGCUGUAUUUGGACAUGGAACCCAUGUGAAGGGUGCAAGUGAGUCAAAGGAACAGGAUACCUUUGUUAAAGGAACAGCACGGCUGUUCCAACAAGCAGUCCAAGCUGUCGACUUUGCCAACUAUGGAGUGCAGUUUGGCCUCUCAGACCAUGAGAUACACCACAUCGUCAACACAGAAGCUGUCGCCGUGCAAGAGCAGGCUGCCAAGAAGUACCAGGCUUGGAACAGGGAUGGCCAGAAGGGGAGGGAGAGUGACUUAAGGGAUGACGUAGUGGCUGAAAGAAUCCAGCAGCUCCCUCGCAUGUUGUCUCAGUAUAAGCGGGAGUAAUAAGCUUAGCAAUGAUGGGCAAGCAAAGUACAUCAAGCUAACUGAUCUGAAAAAUAUUCCUUGCCAAAACAUUCCGUGGAGAAUAAUUUCUGCAAACCGUAAGACAUUUCAUGUGCAGGUGAAGAGCAGAUAUUGUUGUAAUGUAUCUGUGUGCAGACUGCAGUGACUGUAGACCUUGUAUAGGACUGUGUGAUGUUAU